AGAGACAGGGGCGGUUGGUUGGGGGUUGGAUGAGAAGCGGCUCUGAACUGCAGCAGAAACCGGCUGAGCGUCUUCAGGGGAAAUGAGAUUCUCUGAAAAAUGUCCGCCUUCUUCAAAGUCAGUGUUGUGACUAUAAAGAAAUAAUUUCAAGGAUUCUAACAAAGAUCCAGUCAGGAAAAGAAGAGCGGAGGAAUGCCCGGAACUGGAAGAAGCGGCUACCAACAGUUCAACGAUGAUGAUUAUGAUGAUGAGGAAGGUAACGGUCAGUCUCAAGACUCUUUUGAUGAAAUCGAUGAGGAUCUGGUCCCAGCAGAAGCCAACGGCAACAUUACAGGAGGGGAUGACUUGAGACGAAACAGUCCACCGAGGAGAUUCAGCAAAACCUGCUUAAAGAACGUGUUCACUGUACUGCUCAUCUUCAUCUACCUGGUGCUAACUGCCGUGGCAAUUUUCCUAGCCUACCAGACUAUCUCUGAUUUUCUGGAUAAACUCAGUCAGCCCGUCAUGUCUGUCAGCUACAAGGAAGUGGACUCAUUCCCACCUCCAGGUAUCGCUCUGUUCCCUGACGACGCCCAGCUGCUGAGCUGCAAACAUCACUACCAUGACUACAUCCCACCUUUGGUGAAACCCGGGACGCCUCAAGAAGUGGACUGCGAGAUCGAAGAGGUGACUUACGUUGGGCCGUUCACAGAACAGAAAAAGAAACGAGCUGUGGUGGUCCGGGGCCCAUCAGACGUAAAAAACAAAGAGCUGAUCUUCAUGCAGUUCAGUCAGAAUGAAACACAAGAGGACUUCAGCGCCAUUUCUUACAUGCUUUUUGCUAAGUUUAGUGACUUGAUUGAAAGCGCAAACAAAUCUGAGUUUAUGAGGGACUGUGAGCGGAAUUACUCCAUGUGGACCUUCUCUGGAGGAUUCAGAACCUGGGUCAAAAUGUCUUUAGUGAAAACAUCUGGAAGAAACAAUGAAGCAGUCGAGUUUCGGCAAGAGUCUGGAGUGGUGAAGUUCAAUGACAAAAGGCCAGAAGUGGAACAAACAGUUCAGCUCUUCUUUGUUGUCUUUGAAUGGAGAGAUCCUUACAUGCAGGAAAUCAGGCUGAUAGUGACUGCAAAUCCUUGGAGCUCGGUUGGCAUCCUCUGCGCUGUCUUUAUGGCUCUCUUUAAAGCUGCCAAUUUUGCUAAACUUACUGUGAAGUGGAUUAUUAAGAUGCGUAAGAGGCAUCUGAAGAACAAAGCUAGGGAGCUUAAUCCUAUUAACUGACACACAAUGCAGAAAACAUCUUCUUACACAAGCUGACAGACCUCCAAUAGUGAUAAACACCCAACAUCCUUGAUAUUGGGAUGUACAUGAUUGCUUAUACAUUAGUGAGAGUGAUUUACAAUAAGCCAGGAUGGGAUAUUUACACAGACACAACUGGCUAUUUUUAGGGUUUUAGGAAUAUCAACUGCCAAAGAUGUUUGAUUUUUUUCAGGAAAGUUAAAGUUUUUUCCAAUUGUAAACAUUUCUGGAAGCACAAUUUUGCACAUAAACAAUAGUGUUGCUGAGAGAAAAGACACUUUAGAAUUUUAUUUUAUUUUUAUUUUUUUGUAUAUCUUUUUUAGUAAAAUGUGCAGUUGAAACUGAGAAACUAUUGAUGCCACAAUUCUGUGGUAAACAUUUCAAUUAAGGGAAUAUUUUUGCUGAUUCUUUCUUUCUGUAUUUUUUUAUCAAAUAAAAACAAUUCAGAAACAUUUCAAAGAUUAAUUCUAAAGGGAUUAUUUCAACAACAUAGAAUGUUGUGUUGCUUUUUAGUAUGUUUUUUUUUAUUUUAAUUUUCAAAUUGUAUUUAAUUUAUAUUGUGUUGCAACAAAUGUAAAAACAAUCAA